AUGGAUUCCGCUUCAGUGAUACAUAGAGGAUUUAUAGCAUUAGCGACUGCGUGUUCGGGUGUUGCUGCUUCACUUCUUCCUGGAGGCCGAACUGCUCAUUCCCGAUUUAAAAUACCUAUUGAUGUUGAUGGAAAUUUUAGUUGCAAUAUUAGCAAACAAAGUUCAUUGUCAUCGUUGAUUCGAGAUGCAAAACUAAUAGUAUGGGACGAAAUUUCAAUGGCGAAAAAAGAAAUGAUUGAAGCACUAGAUUUGCUCCUUAGAGAUUUAACGGAAACAACUAUGUUAUUCGACGGAAAGGUUGUUGUAUUCAGUGGCGAUUUUAGACAAACUCUUCCCAUUGUUCGUGGUGGACAAAGGGAAGAUUUUGUUCGUAAAAGCUUACUAUGUUCUGAAAUUUGGCAUCAACUUGAAAAAAUACAAUUAUCUGAAAAUAUGUGUGCGAAAGCAAACUGA